CAUCCGGGGUACCAAGAAAAUGGCUGCGCCCUUGUAGAGCAAUGGGUUUAAGGAAAUGCAUUUUAAAGGCCAGUAGAUACAGGACUGUCCUUCUAACAUGAGCCUACUGAGUGACAUCGAGGGGUUUUCCAAGUCAAAGUUGAAACCAGUGCCGACAAAAGUGACCACUGUAGAUGGACGACUCCUUCAAGAAGACAAGGACAGCCAUGGGAGAACAGUGGUCACAGUUCUAGACAAAGGGAAACUAGGUUUUGUUGGAGACACAAAGAGAGACUUGCAGGUUGCAGAAAUCCUCCCAGGUGUUGUGAUGGGCUCCCAGGAUGUGGCCCAAGAUCUGGAACUGCUGCUCCAACACAAAGUGACCCACAUUUUGAACCUGGCCUACAUGGUGGAAAACCAGUUCCCCGAUCAAUUCCAGUAUCUGCGUCUCAAUAUUCUUGAUCUCCCAGAGACUGAUAUCACAGAUUUCUUUGACGAAGCAUUUUCAUUUAUAGACCGAGGGCGUCAAGAGGGAUGUGUUCUUGUUCAUUGCAAUGCUGGAGUUUCACGCUCAGCAGCCAUGGUUAUAGGAUACCUUAUCAAAACAGAAGGGUUGACUUUUGAAGAAGCUUUCGAUCAUGUUCGUGAACAGCGUGCCUCAAUCCGUCCCAAUGAUGGAUUCACAAUACAACUGAAGCAUUAUGAGCUCUCCCUUGCAAAGAAUUUGGAGAAAUAGAUACUUUGUGAUGAUGUUGUUACAUAUGCUGUUCAGAUAGGACUGAUGCUAUAUACAGAUAUUUCUUUGCCAAAGUAGCUAAACUUCAAUUUCAUACGUACAAAAAAAAAAAAAAAAAA